AUGGCGGCACCUGAGCAGCAGGAUCUAACUCGGGAGCAGACUGAGCUGCUGCAGUUUCAGGAUCUGACUCCAAUGGGAAUCCUCCAUCAUCUGACUGGCAUAGAGUCCAUGGAGCAGUGUCGCCUUGCUUUGGAGCAGCAUAACUGGAACAUGGAGGCUGCAGUCCAGGACAGACUGAAUGAGCAAGAGGGUGUACCAAGUGUUUUCAAUCCACCUCCAUCCCGACCCCUACAGGGGCUGCUUGGAUGGGGUUAUUACUUGAUAAUGCUUCCAUUCCGGUUUACUUAUUACACGAUACUUGAUAUAUUUACACUUAACGAUGCCAAGCGAGAACUUCGGUUUCUUUUGGUUUAUCUUCAUGGAGAUGAUCACCAGGACUCCGAUGAGUUCUGCCGCAACGCGCUCUGUGCUCCUGAAGUUGUCUCACUAAUAAACAACAGGAUGGUUUUUGGGGCUUGCUCCACAAACAAACCCGAGGGGUACAGGGUUUCACAGGCUUUACGAGAGAAUACCCACCCUUUCCUGGCUAUGAUUAUGUUGAAAGAUCGCCGUUUGACUGUAGUGGGAUGGCUAGAAGGCCUCAUUCAACCUGAUGACCUCAUCAACCAGCUAACAUUUAUAAUGGAUGCAAACCAGACUUACCUGGUAUCAGAACGCCUAGAAAGGGAAGAAAGGAACCAGACCCAAGUGCUGAGACAACAAGAAGAUGAAGCCUACCUGGCUUCUCUCAGGGCAGACCAGGAGAAAGAAAGGAAAAAGAGAGAGGAACGAGAGAGGGAACGCCGAAAGGAGGAGGAGGUGCAGCAGCAGAAGCUGGCAAAGGAGAGGAGGCGGCAGAAUUUACAGAAGGAAAAGGAAAGAAAGUUGGAAUGUCUGCCUCCUGAGCCAUCCCCAGAUGACCCUGAAAGUGUCAAGAUCAUUUUCAAGUUACCCAAUGAUACCAAAGUAGAGAGACGGUUCCAUUUUUCACAGUUUCUAACAGUCAUCCAUGACUUCUUAUUCUCCUUGAAGGAAAGCCCUGAGAAGUUUCAGAUUGAAGCCAAUUUCCCAAGACGGGUCCUGCCAUGUGUCCCUUCAGAGGAAUGGCCCACCCCUCCCACACUGCAGGAGGCAGGACUUGGCCACACACAAGUUCCCUUUGUUCAGGACCUGACAGACGAAUGA